AUGAAGCCACACGACGACGGAAUGAACGGUCAUGAAUCGAGCGGCGGGGGCUCGCGGUCGGACGACAGCGAGGGCGAGGAGGCGUGCGCGCUUGAGGAGGAGCUGUCGCUGACGGACGAGGCGUGGCCGGCGCGCGCGCUGGCGGCGCUCAAUGCGCUGCGCAAGGCGCGCCAGCACUACGACGUGCUGCUGGCGGGCGACGCGGGCGAAGAGGUGGCGGCGCACCGCGCUGUGCUGGCGGCCGCGUCGCCACGCCUGCUAGCCGAGCUGCCUGCCGCGCCCGCGCAGCCCGCGCCUGUGCUGCGUCUGCCCGACGUGGAGGGCUGGGCGCUGCGCGAGCUGGUGGAGUACGCUUACACCGGCCGCCUGCGUGUGCGCGACGCGGCCGCGGCGCGCCGGCUAUACGGCGCGGCGGCGCGCCUGCGCGUGGAGGCGGCGCGCGCGCACCUUGCCGAGCGCCUGCUGCGCCGAGUGGCCCCGCACACCGCGCUCGCCCUGCGCGCGCUGCCCGACCUGCAUCAGCGCCACCGUGCCGCGCUCGACAGCUACAUCGCACAGCACUUCGACGAGGUGUGCGAGAGCGGCGCGCUGGCGGCGCUGCCGCUGCUGCGCGUGGAGCUGCUGCGCGAGACCAGCGCCGAGCGCGGUGAGGAGGCACCAGCCGCCGUGGCCGACGCCGCGCUGGCCUGGCUCCGCGACCAGCUCGCCGCCGGGGCGCACUUGGAGGAGCUGUGCUCGCGGACGCACCUGCUGUUCGUGGACUGCAGCGGCGCGCUGCGGGACUGCGGCGAGCUGCCGGCCGGCCAGGGCGACGCGCCCGAGCUGCUGCAGUACCGGCGCGAGGCGGCCGGCCGCCAGCGGCGGCCCGAUGCGCCCACUGCGUCGCCCGAGGGUAGCGGUGCGGGUGGAGCGGAGGGGGAGUGGUGCGUAGUGGCGGCUGGCGGCGCGGGCGCGGGGGCCACGCGCGCCCUGCUGGCGCUGCGCGGGCGGCUAGCGGCGGCGCGCGUGGCGUGGCGCACGGGCGCGGCGGCGGCUGCGCGGCGCGGGGCGCGGCUGGGCGGCGAACGGCCGCGCGACGCCGACGCGGUGCUCGAGCCCGCGCCCGCGCCCGAGCCGGCCGGUGCGGAACGGCGCGCGCCCAUGUCGGUACCGCGCUGCGCGCUGGGUGCCGUGGCGCUGGCCGGUCGCUUGCUGGUGUGCGGUGGCUACGACCGCGCGCGCGUACUGCGCUGUGCCGAGGAGUACGACCCGGACACAAACCGCUGGCGCGCGCUGCCCGACAUGCGCUGCGCGCGUGCGCGAUUCCCAGCCGCGCGGUUGGGCGAUACAGUAUAUGCGCUGGGCGGCAGCGACGGGCACGCUGAGCUGGACUCGGUGGACGCGUUCCGCGCGGGCGGCUGGGUUGCGCGCGCUCGACUCCCGCUGGCCCGCUCGCACGCGGCCGCGGCGGCCGACGAGGCGCGUGGGCGGUUGUACGUGGCGGGCGGCUGGGCGGCUGGCCGCAGCCUGCGCCAGGUGCACGAGUACGACCCCGCCACCGACACCUGGACCGACGCGCCGCCCCUCAACGUCGGGCGGUCGCAGUGCGCGGGCGUAUUUUGGGAGGAGGCGCUGUGGGUGCUGGGCGGCUGCGACGCGUGGCGCUGCCUCGCGUCCACGGAGACGCUGGCGGUGGGCGGGGCGGGCGGCGCGGCCAGCGCGGCUUGGAGUUCGGGCCCGGCGCUGCCUAGCGCGCGGCGUGCAGUGGGCGGCGCCGUGUGGCGCGGACGGCUGCUGGCGGCGGGCGGCUCGGCAGGCGCGGCGUCACUGCGCGGCACGGCGUACCUCACGAGUGGAGCGGCCGCGUGGCGCGCCGGCCCGGCGCUGCGCGAGGCGCGCGCGGCGCCCGCGCUGUGCGUACUGCGCGACGUGCUGUACGCAGCGGGCGGCUUCGGCGGGACCGACGGCCACGAGUUCCUGGCGUCCGUCGAGUGCCUGUACGAGCCGGACGGCUGCUGGACCACGCUGUGCGCGCCGCCGCCGCUCGCCCGCACGCCCACGUUAGAAAAUAAGGAGGGAGAGGCUAUUUACAACCAUGACGCAGAGCGUAACGGCGGACACGAAAUAGAAGUCGUUAGCGAGAGUGAAAUUAAACCAGACAGCGAACAAAAUGGCAAAACAGUAGACAAGAAAAAUUUCAACAGUGCGAGCGAGCAGCACAGCAAAAUGGAAAGCGUCGAACACCAACGUCAGCCUGAGCAAGAGAAACAGAGCAGCGGCGAACUGAGCUGCACGAACUCUGCCCAAUAG